AUGGAAAAGUACGUCCCGCAACUCACUCCGGUCGGAGAAAAGUCCCUGCCGGCGAAAUGUAAACCCAGGACCCUGGGGUACUGUCCCUCGAUGGACCUGAUUGCCCUGGCUACAGACGACGACGAGCUACGUGUGUUCCGACUCAAUGGUCAACGAGUCUUUGGAGGCUCAUUCAAAGGCGAUCCGUACCUCGGGGAGGACGAAGCGGACGGAGAGGUAAGGGCGUUAGCGUGGAAAGCGAAUGGUAAGUAUCAGGACACAUCGUUGCGGCUCUCCAAAUUACUCAUGUCAGUUGUCUUAUAUGAGAAGGAGUGUCUGACCACGUCACUAGGUCGUCUCCUCGCUCUCGCUUGUGGAGACGGAUCUGUCCGUAUCAUCAGUGCAUACAGUGGCAAGACUGUGCACCACUACCAGGCUUAUGAGGGGGAAAAAGACGAUGCCCCCGUUUCUGAACGCAGUUUGCCUUCAAAAGUGACAUGCUUGGGCUGGGGCAUCAACUUCACGGACAGCAAAGCUGCCAAGAAGCAUCUCCAAGGUGCUGCUGGCCAGGUAUCUGUGGAAGACCUCCUGACGCCGGGGAUUCAUCCAUCGAAGGCAGCCGCAAUCCUCAAGGCGGAUUUACCGCGAGAACUGGCACUGCUCGACAUUGAAAGCUCUCUGCCUAAACUGAGCACUCUUCCCGCGACGGGCGCCGAGGAUGACCUGUUCAGCUCGCGGGCGUCUAUUGAUGCUAUCUUCCAUUCAUCAGCCAAGGACAGUAGCGACUCGGUGGAUGUGCUGUUUGUCGGGUUUGAUGAUGGCAGUAUCCAUCUCCGCAUUUUUGACUGCUUCGAGAUUGGCUCAUUUCCUAUCGGAGACGCGCCGGGUGUUGCUGAGUCGUGCCAUAUUCUUCGCCAUGCGUCACACCCUCUCAGCUCAACGCACGCUUUGCUUGCAUCCCCUUCCCACGGUCAAUCUCGCGGGCCUCUCAAUCUUGUUACCUUGGAUCUCCGGUUUAUCACCAAGUCCGGGCGAUAUCUGUCUUUACUUGCAUCGAAGACCACACAGCUGCAGAAUUUGUUACGAUAUAUCGGCCAAGUCCAGAAGCAGAUCGAACUCGAAUGGAAGAAUGCACAAGAGUUACCUGCGCGAUUUCUGCGGAGUGUCAAUCAGGACUUGCAAGAGCAGUGUCAGUGUGAUUUCACGACGGCUAUAUACCAUCUCGUCGUGACUGGUCAUUGUUUUGAACCGAUGAAGGAGUUCUUGGUGGAUAUUGUUGGAGAAAGAGGGCACAAGCGAUGGGACAAAGCUGUCUCAGGCGGCUAUGAAAGCAUUCGACGACUAACUCAUGAAUGCCUGCUUCCAGCGCUAGAAAGGAGUCAAGUCCUCCUCAGCCGACUCGUUGGACUUUCCAAAUUCCACAAACUCAACGAUGUUCUCGGUCUGAAUACCUCAAAACUCAAUGCCAUUGUUGAGACACUUGAUUGCCUGCACCUCCUCGCUCACCGCAUCCUCACCCACGCCAACGAGGAGCUAGAUCAAUUUUCUGCUUUCUCACGCUGGCUUCGUCAUGAGAUAUUGAUUCUGAGCAGCGAGCCUCUCUCACAAACAUGGGACGAACUCCUCGAGAAACGAGAUCUAUUCCAUGUCCCUCCAACCGUGAAAUACAUAACCGGUGCGCUACGCAAGAAUGUUUUGCAUAAUUUCAUCCGUCAACUACCGAUGAUUGGAGUGCCGCAGACGCCUACACCUGUCACGGAUAAGUGGCUACCAGAUGGACACGAUCGGUCCUUCUAUGAUACCUUUAAGGCAUUGCUGAGCCAGCAAAAGCAAGUUCAGCUGGAGGGCGGUGAUGGAACUACAGUAGAUGCGCCAAAACUGAACGACUUGACACGGCGGCUGGGAAUUCAGUUUAAUAAAGUAUUCGCAGAGAUUGCACUCACGCAAAGACGGGGGAUUUUGCAUCGGUCCCCGAUUACGCUGCAUCAGGACUGUGAUCGGGAUGUUCUUGACAUGAAGGUUUGCUAUGAGGUAAUGUACAUCUACCGCAUCGUUAUCGAUUCGAUCAACGGAGUCAGCUCAACUCGGGAAACCUCGAUUGCCGCCCUUUCAUUCAAGGAGGGAGUCGUGACUCAGUUGCAAAUUGUCGAGGAUGACACUCUCAUGAUCCUGUACACUGACUACGACGCUGCCUAUCUUCUGAAUCUUCCCUUCCAGCCCGCCUCGGUUCUGGAAGCGUCUGACGAAGCCGACCCUCUCGCAGUACCAUUGACCUACGUUGAGAACAACCCUCAUCCCACUACGGCGAAACCAAGCAUCCAGCCCGCACUGCUGGACAUUGAAUCACUCUUGGAGGGGACAGACAUUGUCAUACAUACCUUCACAUCAUCGGGCCCGAAGUCAAACCCAAUCCACUUUGACGUCAAUGGGCGGCAGGGUCGUCGGGCUGUCUGCGUAUUGUAUGGCGACGCGACGCGGUAUGAUGUGAUGGAUCUGGACGCGGAGAUGGAAGAGGAGGAAUACGAUGAGGAAGAGGAAGAAGAUGAUGAUGAUGAGGACGAAGAUGUUGAUCAGUGA